CCUGCCUUCAAAGGCCUCACCUUCACUGAUCUGCCUUUGUGCUUACAACUGAACAUCAUGCACAGGCUGAGUGAUGGGCGUGACCUGGUCAGCCUGGGCCAGGUGGCCCCCAACCUGCACGUGCUCAGCGAGGACCGGCUACUGUGGAAGAAACUCUGCCAGUACCACUUCUCAGAGCGGCAGAUUCGCAAGCGAUUAAUUUUGUCAGACAAAGGGCAGCUGGAUUGGAAGAAGAUGUAUUUUAAGCUUAUCCGAUGUUACCCGAGGAAAGAGCAGUAUGGAGACACCCUGCAGCUUUGCAAACACUGUCACAUUCUUUCCUGGAAGGGCACCGACCAUCCGUGCACAGCCAACAACCCGGAGAGCUGCUCUGUCUCACUUUCACCCCAGGACUUUAUCAACUUGUUCAAGUUCUGAAUCCCAGCACAUAACAAGAGUUCACAAGAGCCCCCUGCUCAUUGGCUGGCUGGGAGUUUGGAUACUUCGUUUGUAAAUAGUGUACAUUUUAGACAUUGGCUCAGAGCUUCUGAGAUAAGUCACUGAGAGGACGUUGGAAGGGAGAGAUGCAAUUUCUGUUGAACAUUUAUGAACGUGAACUUCACGUUAGAACUGGUCUCUGGAGAAGCAGAAAUACUGUAAAUAAACUUUUUCUAACAAUUAGCAGCCAAGGCUCUAAGGACAACAAUUCUAUGUCAGCCGUGAAAAUGGAAUUCUCUUGGUGUUUAUAGAAACUCCUUUAUAGUUCCUUAAGAAGAAAAAGGCAAAACUCAAAUACAAGAUAGAACACACUUUGUUUACAAUGUGAAAUUUUGUUUAGACAAAACAGAAGAAGAAGAAAAAAGAAAAGUAAAACCACACAUGAGAAAUUCUUGGGCUUUUGGUUUUGAUUUGGGGCUUGUUUUGAAAAGGCAAAGAAGUACCACCCACCCAAAGCCUGCAUGAGCAUAAGGCUUACCCUGCGAAGAUGCCACCUCAUCUACCUCUAAAAGUGAGCGUGUGCUCUCUGACAACAUGCAUUAUGCAGUAGGCAGUGUCUGUGUCUCUUGAAAGUUUUUCAUCACUAUAAAAGGGGAUUUAAAAUGGAAAGCAUAUACAAGCAACCCUCAACUUGUUUCAGGCUUCCUUUGUAGGCAAACAGGGCCCUCUUUGGAGUUGCCACUUUCCUAGAAAAUGCUCAAAGUACCUGUGCCUUUUUUCCUUACAUGUUGUAACUCCUUUAGCAAAACAGAAGGCCAAUGAAGAACAAGUCCCUGCCAAAGUCGUGUUACAGAAAAGACUGAAUUCGACACCUCAGAGAUGUGAAGACUUCCUUAUUCCGGUUUAACGUCCAGCCUUGUCCAGGCUCCCUUGAGUAUCUUCAUGGAUAAGUGGUUGUCUGUGAACUGACUUGAAACACAAAUUUUAUAUACUGGCCAAUUAAACAUUUUGCCAGCUGCUGCUCUCCACUGUGGAGGAAUGAGCUGAGGAGCUUUCUUUUCUUUAGGCCCGACAUCAAAAUUGAGUCAACCUCAGCUGGAAUUUUUGCAAGUGCAAUUAAAAAUAAGGCCUGGAGUUCUAGCCAGAUAGGGAGAGGAGUUUGUUAAGAUGAACUUGUUUCAGGGCCAGAGAGUUAAAACAUCAAGAAACCUGGGGAUCUCGUGAGGCAAGUAUGAGAAAUCUCAGAACUCCAUGAGUUAAUUGUCAGAUAUUCCUGGGAGUGGGUGGGGAAUGUUUUUGUUAUUUACUUUAUAUAGAAUGUUGCUUUUCUACAAAUAUACAUACAUUUGCAGUUGUAUUUGCCUUUCCCACCACCACCACCACCAAAUAAAAAUGCCACCCUCUGUGCCUGUGACAAGUGAAGCAGAAAUGGGAAUUUGGUCCACAUUCAUGUUGAGGACCAGUACCCUGGAGUCACCUUUGAGGUGACCCUUGAAGGAGGGGAAAGACGGCUGAGCAUGUACAGAAGUGAGGCAAGGGACAUCUAGUGACUUAACACCUCCUUGUGCCCUUCCUUCAAUAAUAAUACAGAAGGAGCGUGUCAGCAUUCUGAAGAGAUGUAAGCUCUCCAGUGCUCCUCAUUUAGCAAUGUUUGUGCUUGUUCCAGGAUUUCUCAAUACUUCUUUCAUUACCAUCCCCCUGAGAAGAACAGGAAUUAAAUUGAAUUAAAAUUUUCCUAAUGAGAACAAUUAAAUGUGAAGGAAUUAGAUUUUGCUGAGUAAGUUUGAGCUUUGGAGGGCCACAAAACAUUGUCAUAGCUAGGGGUUUGUUUUUAUGUUAUUGGUGGUGGUGUUUUAGUUUUUUAGGUUUUUUGUUGUUUGUUUUUGUUUUUAACUUUUCUCCCUGUGUCAAUUUAACAUUCAGAAUGCAAGGUUUAGGCAAUUAAAUAAAAAGCCACUUUUCCUAUAAUUUUAAGGUUCUCUCAGAUACCUUCCUGAAAGGUGUGGGGUGGAUCUUCCAUUGCUAUGGAAAGUUUUGGAAACUUUGGCUCUGGGUGACACUUACAGAGUUAGGGGUUCAUGGUCUUCCAUAUCUUUCCACCAACCUCAGCUCAGUCCUGGAAAUGGAAGUCCUUGGGCACCUUGGGGGGUGCUAUCUCAGAAACAUCACCUGCUUUGUACUGGCAAAUCAGUCUCCCAGAGAGUGUCAGUUGAUGCACAUGGUUUUACAUCAUACCCAAAAUGAACACCACCCCAAGGGAUGAAGUUACAGCUUUCUGAAAUAUUGACCAAGAUGGUGCCUACAAACUCUCCCCAUGUCCUUUGGUGUUGCUGGAUGUGGUAUGUGACAAAGUUGAGAAAAUGUUUUAAGGAUGGGCUUGAAGAAACCAACAUGUAUGGGUCUUUUUCAUUUAAGAAUAAGGAAGGAAAUGGCAGGUGAAGAGGGAGAGGGAAAGGAAUAGAAAUGGUGUGUCUUUGAUGCUAUCUAUGGUUUGUUUGGGGAUGGUGGAAAGAGUAGAGUAGGCAGAAUAUCUGUGUCCUAUAGGCCAUGUGAUUUCUGUUACGGCUAUAAGUAAAGAGAGUUACAAAGAAAAUUCUUGCUAAGGCAUUCAGAGUCUAUAGAAUUCCUUUUGGCACACCCACCCAGACUACCUGACCCCUCAAAAAACAAAAAUUCAGACACUCUAUCAGAAAAUGUGGUGUAAAAGCUAGGAAGGGCAGGGGGAUAGAAAUUGUUGGAAGAGACAGGAUGUUGUUCUGUCCUUACUAUCCUACUCCUGCCCUGCACCUUGUAAAGCAGAACUAGAUACUGAUGUCCAUUAGGAAAUAAUUCAAACUUCGGGAGAAGGAAAGGGUCCUGAUCAAGCAACAUAUACAAAUCCACAGGGAUGCUAGCUCAAAAGUUCAUAGGCAGUAAGCCUAGUGUCCUGAGAGGAGGGCCCAGAACUCAUGAAAAGGAAAAUCUGUGAGGUUUAGGAGUCCUCAUUUUAUAGCAAGAUCCAGAAGAAAAGUCCAGUGACACUUUGAACUAGAGUACUUCAUUAUUCCAUGCUGUUACUUUGAGCAGGUCCAUCAGUUGAAUGAGAGGGCAGGUGGCAGAAAGGAACAAAAGUUGCAAGGUAAAAGCAUCCCCAGUGUGUCAGUUGUGAGAAGAUAUUUGAUUAGUGAUGAUUAAUUUCAGAUUGAGGUGGCAUGCAGUAGAUAUAUUUAAAUGGAUAGGGUUUAUACUUCCAAAAACUCACAUACUUGCAGCUAUGAAAUAAGGUGAUGGGUGUGUAUUAUGUUAUUGCCACAGUGUCAUCUUUGUAGACUUGCAAACCCUUUCCUAGGAGGAGUUGACUAUUAGUCCAGGCUCCUUGUUUCUGUUGUUUUUAUAUGGAAGAAGAAAGCUAGCUUGGAAUUCCAUUUGUCUAAGCAAGUGGUGUGAUUUACAAGGAGGUAAAUCAUUCCAAGAGAUGUUCAAUGGUACCGUUCUUAGCAUUCAACACAAUGUUUAUUAUAAAAUAGGCACCUGAGUUUAUAUUUUUCUGCCAGGCUGUAGAGCAAAACAUCUUGCUAUACAAACACUCUAUAUUUUAUGUGUGGAUUUUUAACUGUAAUUUUAUGUGUGCAUUUUUUAAACUAAACUACCAUCAUUUUCUAUGUUGACAUCUGUUGUUUUUUUAUGUUUCCAACUAUCUGAGUCUGUGAACCAUCUCCUGUGACUGGAUGCUGGCCUGAUACCCAUUACUGCUGAAACAGACCUCAAAACCACCCUGAGCCUCUAGACAAAUGUAGAGGCAUUGCUCCUUUGAUAUAUCCGGGGCCCUUGAUGGCUUCAACAAAUAAGGUUCAUAAUUCCUUUAAACUCUGUAUUUUUUCAUCAGGCUUUCGACCAGGAGGGGUUGUUAGAGAGGAUGAACUUGGACACUUCUUUUUUUGAAUUAUUAUUGUACUGGGGAUACAUUUGUGACAUUUACAAAAGUUCUUACAAUAGAACUUGGGACACUUCUGCCUUUCAAGAUGACAAAACCUGUCCAGAAUAUAUACAGGAUGCAUCUUAGCUCCCCCCACCAUGGACUCUGUGGUGGAGCUGAACAGAAACGUGGGGGCUUCCUGAGGCCUAAGCUGUUCAUCCCGCAUCUCCCACCCAGGCACCUUGUGGCAUGGCCGGAGACACACAAUACUCAAGACCCUCAGUGUGGAAGCCCUGGGAGACCAAUCCUAUGAUGAGCAUCUGCUAUUAAGCCUUCUAAACCGUUCAACCCCUGAUUCUCACUGGGGAAAUUAAGAUGCCAUUUAAUGUUUUCAUAGACCUCUCGCUCUGUUGUGAGCAUAGAAUUUUAGUGAAUACAACCUACUUGUUCUAAAGUAAACCACACUCUAAUCCUAGAAUUUGGGAGGCUGAAGCUGGAGGAUCAAGAGCUCAAGACCAGCCUGGGUUACAGUGGACUCUGUCUCAAAACACAUUUUUAAGUAUGCAGUAUGUUUUGGACAAACUCAUUUUUCCCUGGUAUACUUAUACUGUAAUUACAAGGAUGGCCCUUAUAAAAGUAGAUAAGAGUUGAGCAGUAAAUUGUUUCCUGGAAACUGAGGUUCUGAUGAUAACCAAGCAAAUCUUUCCUCUCCCUGGAGACUAAGAGGCAUUGAAGCCAUCAUCCCAUCUCCUCCUCUUCUAAUACCAGCUGUAAGAUCCAGGAAGUUUUGACACAGUGGAAGUCCACUCCUCUAAACCUCACCUUCCCAAAGCAAAGAAUUCUUUCCAGGAUUCAGCAAGGAGCAAGGGGCCAUGAUAUUUUUUACUUUGUUUGCUGGGCAUUUUUCAAAGUGUCCUUGACCUCAGCAAACAAAGCUUCCUGAAAAGUCUCUCUAAGCUUAUGCCGUGCUCCAUUUGGCCAAAAAUGGAUUGCCGCUCCAACACACAGAACUGCUCAAAACUCCCUCUGCUACAGCAUUACUUCUGGGGUUUGAACAUGACUCUGUCUUUGAGUAUAGAUGUGUGUUUAAUUAAUAAUGCCCAAGUCUGUUCAGCAGAAGGCUUCACGCCCUGCUCUGCACUUGGGAGUCUUUCACACCAUCUUUAUCCUACCUAGCCAGUUACCCUAGCAGAAGGGAGCGUGUGUUGUAUUUCAUGCCCUUUAAUGUCCUUUUUUCAUGAAAAAUAUUAGUGAGUUGAACAUUGUAACAAAAGCAUAAGGUUAGACCAAUUACAUGUAAAGAUGUUUAAUAUUGUGUGAGCUGAGUCCCUCUAUAAAUUAUUUGCACACUCUUCUUGCAUGAUGAACUGAUUUUUUAUAGUUGUUUGUACCAGACAGUGGCAUAUUUUUGUAAAAAAAAAAUUUUGACACUGAAUUGCAAUAAAUGUUUUUCCAACAACACACAAUGGUGUGGUUUUGAUGUGUGUCAAUUAAGUUGGCUUUUUAUCAUAACGAAUUAUGUUUAUCUUUUGCCUACGGAGACAUUCUCUCAGAAAUUUGUUACCAUUAUUGUAAAAUUCUUAUGGGGAUAUAUAGAAAAAUAAGUUUGUGAAUGAAUAUUAACCAGAGUCCAUAAUACAAUAUUAUGCUUAAAUGGGUAUUUCCAUAUGUUGUUUAUAUAGUAGUGAUUAGGAUAUAAUGAGUUUUUCUUUUGACAGUACUGGGGUUUGAACUCAGGGCUUCUCGAUUGCUAGGCAGGUGCUCUACUGCUUGAGCCACUCCUCCAGCCCAAGGAAAUAAUGAAUUUUGGAGUCGCUAUCAGUUUGUUCUCUAAUAGACAUUUAUAGUACAGGAAGUAUAUGCUAGGCCUAUGCAAAGCACUGAGACUAGCAUGAUGAACAAGACACAAACGGUCUCUGCCUUAAUGGGAUUUGAAUUCUAGUCAGACCAAAAAAAAAAAA